GACAGUGGCCGCUCGGCAUUGCAUAACUCUAAGCUGCAAAAAAGCCACGGACGUCCGAGCUGCGCAGCCGUCGCGAGGGAGAGCAAGUAUGCGCUCUCUCGCACUGCUCGCAUGCGUGCUCGGAUCCGCAGCGUUGGACGCCUGCAUCAACCCCUGCCCGCGGCGGCAGCUGAUGACCUACGUCGCGCACACGCAGGGCGGACUCACGAAGGGCGUGGACGUGGCCGCGCGCGUCGACGCAGACGACGACUGGCGGGUGGUAGGCAAAGUCGCGGCCGCGGACGCGACGAAACUUAGUAGAGCGGCCGCGCUCCAGCACCGGCUUAUCGAGGAGCACGCGCGGCGGUUGCAUAAGGUGCUCCGGACGGGCCCCGGCGGGCCGCCCCUCGAGCUCGGGAUCGGCGACCCCAUCACCGCGGUCCCCACGCCGCAAAAGCGAGACUUCGUGGAGGCGGCCGCCAUGACCGAGGCCGGCUUCGCGGGCACGCCCAAGAACGAGAAGGGCUCCGACGUGUACGCGAACUUCAGGGCGCCCUACGACGCGCCGUACGACCGCGGCGCGGUGCGGGCGGAGAUCGACGCCAUCGUACGCGAGGCGCCGCUCGUCUUGUUCGGCUGGUCGACGUGCUGGUUCUGCACGGACGCCGAGCGCCAGCUGAAAGACGCGAACCUACCUUAUCGAAGCGUGUACAUGGAUUUGUGGAAGCCGGGCGGGCCCUACCACGACCAUGCCGUCGGAGACGACGGGUCGCUCGCCGCGAAGCGCGCGAAGAACAUCCGGAAGGCCACAAACCCGCUCCAGGCAGAACUCUCUCUAUUGGCUGGCCGGUGCACGGUGCCGGUGGUCGUCGUGCGCGGGAAGGUGCUCGACGGCGACGAGCAGCACGGGAGCGUCGUCGAGGCGAUUGCGUCGGGCGAGCUGGCGCGGGCCGUCUCCGAUUCUUCGCCGUGGGCGCCGGCCUGGCCCGCAUCGCCGCCGCCGCCGCUAAAGGUCAUGAAGCGAUGUCGCGUCUGUCGGGGACGCUAUUCUGAUGAUGAAAACCACGCCGCGGCGUGCCGCCACCACCCCGGCGCCUUGCGGGGCGAGAGCGCGCGCAAGGGCGACUGGGAGGCGACGCCCUCCGACGACGACCUCGUCUGGACCUACUCGUGCUGCGGGGGCGCCGCCGACGCGCCGGGCUGCGUCGCCGACCGGCACCGGUCCUAUGAUGACGACUAA